AUGUUUAAGAGUCUAUUUAAGAAACCACCUAUCUUGAACUAUCACACAAUUCUCGAUUUCAAGUCACCUGAGACUUUGAAAAACAUAAUAACAAGAUCAGAUAAAGAGAUUGGAGGUUAUUCAUCAACAAAAUUCAUCCAUGAUCCUAUUGAAAAAUGUGGUAAAUUUAUUGGUGAAUUAAAUUUGGAUUUACCAAAAGAUAAUCCUGAUGUUACUAGAUCAGGUUAUGCUAUGUUCAGAACUAAAGAUCAACCACAAUCAUUAUUUAACACAUCAUUCUGGGAUUGGUCAAGAUUCAGUUCAUUGGUUAUGAGAGUAAAAGGUGAUAGACGUAAAUACUUAAUCAACUUACAAGCUAAUACGCCAAUGAUUACUGAUUUAUAUCAACACAGAUUAUUUUUGAACGAUCCAGGGAAUUGGGAAACCGUGGUUAUACCUUUGGAUGACUUUGUUGUUACUAAUUGGGGGGUUAUACAGGAUCAGAGUGAAUUAAAUAAAUCAGAAAUCAAAACUUUUGGUGUGGGAUUAUUAGAUAAGACUUACGGACCCUUUGAAUUAGCUAUAGAUUGGGUCAAGGUUAUGAAUGAUGAAGAGUUGAAAAAUUAUACAGAAAUCAAGAAAUCUGAAAAGGAAGAACAAACUGAACAUUCAGCUUUCCCUGCCAGUAAUUAUCCUGAACCUAAAGCCACAGUAUUUUGA